AUGUUAGCGAUUGGGAUACUUAAUCUAAUAAAAAUAAUUAGAUUAUAUGUAUUAUCUACAGGGGAAAAUGAUAUAGAGGGCGCCUGUGCUCGUUCAGACGCCGGGGAUAUAUUGAGCCGGCUGUUGUGUGCGGUACACGGGAGGGGAGUUACCCCCGCCGGCAGUGACGGGCCGAUCUCCCCCGCACACACACACACGGCCUCACAGCCCGCGCCCCACAGACACGACGACCCGCAGCUGUCCACGGCCGCGCACACAGACAUGCUGCUCCUCAACCUGAUGAGGAUCAACGGCCUCACGCCCAAGUGUCCCAAGAACGUUAAACAUGGUCCCAAACGUAACUGGUCGUCGUGUCAGUCCCCCGCGGGCCUGCCGCCCCCUCCCGGGCCGCCGGCUACCCCCCGCCCGCGCCCCGCCGCCGCCCGCGCCCGCCGGCCCCACAGACCACGCAACCCGCCGCUCUCGCCCGGACAGAUGCAGAGAGAUAGUAAUGCUGGUGCGAGCUGGUCUUCUCCCCCCGGUGCAGGCAGCUACUGGGCCUCAGCAUCUUCACUCAGCGACACAGACGACGUGGAGGUCAUACUCGACUACAACGUAAUACACUAA